AUGAAUUAUUUAUUUUAUGGAUUCAUAGGAUAUUGGGCUUUGUCAUUAACCUUUUUUGUUUUCCCUUACAAGAAGAAGAAUGUCUUUAAACAUUAAAAAUACUAAAAAUAUCGUCAAAGAAAAAGCAUCAUUCACAUUUCACAUAGAGGUGGAUGUCGUGAAAAUUUAGAAAAUACAAUGUAAGCCUUUUAACAUGCUUAUGAUCUUGGUACAGAUUGUUUAGAAAUGGAUUUAUGCAUGACAAAAGACAAGAAAGUAUAUGUGAUUAAUAAAGUAGAUUGUAGUUUUGCAUGACUCUUCAUUAUUAAGAAUGUGUGGUGUAGAAGCACAUGUGAAAGAGUAUAAUUAUGCAGACCUACCAAAAUUCUUAGAAAGAGUCAGACUAGAUUUUGCUCCUAAUGAUUACAUUUCAACUUCAACAUGCAAAACUCCUUAUAUGCCUUUGUUUGAAGAUGUUCUUAAAAAGUUCCCAGAUGUUUUAAUUAAUGUUGAAAUUAAAACUCCUGAUCCAGAAGUUGUUCAAGUUGUCAAUGAUCUAAUUCUAAAGUAUUAAAGAUAAGAUACUAUCAUAUGGGGAGCUAGAUGUAUUGAAUAAUUAAUAAAUUAAUAGUUUAAAAGUAGAAUGAAUUACUUAAAUCAAUUAAUCCUUCAAUACCUAGAUUUUUCACAGUCGAAGGAAUAUUGAGAGUGUAUUUACUCUAUAUGACAGGUCUCUUACCUUUCUUUGAUAUACCAGAUGAUUCAAUGUAAGCACCACUAUAUACAGAUGACUUUUACUUGUGGAAACUAUAAGUUGCAAAUUCUACUUCAGAGAAGUUUUAGCAAAUGUUAUUGUAAAUUUAAAUUCUAAUUUAUUAAAGUCAUAAUUUUAUUUGGUUCUUGGGUUUAAUGUCUAAGCCAUUAUUUUAUCAUUUACAUAAAAGAGGGAUCUUCGUAUACUAUUGGGUUUUGAAUAAUGAAAAGGAAUAUGAAAGAGCUCUUAAAGCUGGAUGCCAUGGAAUUAUGACUGAUUGUCCAACUGUUUUGAAAUAAUAUCUAAUUAAAAAUAAGCUCUAUGGAAAGUAGUGA